ACCUGCACUAUGCUUUGUAAUUGUGGAUUUGCAAACAUGGCAGAAUAACGUGUGUAUGAUUAUUUGUACCAGUGUGUAUCAGAUCGUACAUUGGUAAUGUUGCUUGCGUUCUUUUUUUACGUUUUAGGUCGGGUCAAAGACAGAUCUCAAGAUGGUGGUUUUUUUUUUUUUUUAAGAUGUGUUUAUGUUUAAGGUGUGUGUAUACGUGUGUGUGUAUGGAGGGGUAUGAUAGAGCCCACCCCCUCCUGUAUUGUACAUUUUACUAUGAUGAUGUCACAGCAUUGGGUAGAGGAGGGGUGAACAAUGGGCCUGUGAGCUAAAGAAAAUGAGUUCCACGGGCAGCUGCUGAGUCAGAGGUGGACAAAAGGGGACCGGAUCAGCAGCUGGGAGAGCAAGAGGAGCAAAAGAAUCAAAAUGAGCCAAGACACAGAGGAGAAAAGGACACGGACCCGCUCAAAAGGCAUCAGAGUUCCUCUUGAGCUUGUGGGACAAGAAUACAGUUGUCCGACUCCAGGAUGUGAUGGCCUGGGUCAUGUCAGUGGAAAAUAUGCUAGACACAGAAGUGCACUGGGUUGUCCAUUAGCCAAAAAAAGGAAACUCCAGGAAGCAGAAGAGAACCAGUCUGUCUCUAAGAAGAGGCCCAAUCCCCUGAAGCUGGCAAUGGAUGAUGGGUUCAACGCAGAUAGCGAUACAAACAGUGAAACUGAACCAAAGGAUGAAACAGUAGAGUCUGAUGAAGACACAGCAGACAAAGAAGAAGAGCCUAAGAAAAAGGACCAUAUAUCAGAGCCAUUAACAGAAAUAAUUUCACAAGAGGAACCUGAAGAGAAAAACACAGCAAUUAAAGACAUUUCUAUUCCCGCACCUGAAGAGGAGUCCAAAAAAGAACACCUUGAGCCUGAAACGGCUCCCAUCCAACAAGUGACCGUGGAGACUGAAAGUGAAGAGGGCCUUCAUGUUGCUGCAGAGAUCCAGGCCGGAGAGGAAGAGGAGGGAGAUGGAGCAGAAGAGAUGACAGAAGAAGAAAGAAUGACUCAGCAGCUAAAAGCCACUGACGAUCCUGUGCAGAUAUCAGAAGGAGACGGUGAGGAGGAGGAGGAAGAAGAAGAAAACGAUGAGGAGCAUGAGACCCAGUGCUCAAGUCAGAAGAACAAUUCAGACCACCAGUACUUCAGUGGAGACUUCAACAAAGUCCAGGCCAAAGAAACUGAUGAGAAAUUGAAUGAUCAGGAAGAUGAUAUUGAUGAAAUGGAAGAGGAGGAGGAGGAGGAGGAGGAGGAAGAAGAAGAGGAGCAGGAACAGGUAGAGCCAAGACACUCACCCAGCACUGUAGCCACCGGCUUCUCAGCUCAGGUAUCAGAACCAGAUGCCAUGAUGGAUAGUGGUGAAAAAGCAAACACCCAUUUAAGUGAGGAUGAGGAAGCAGAGGAAGAAGAGGAAGAAGAUGAAGAGGAGCGAGAGGAUGUAUCUAACAAAGCCUCACCUACAGUGGUCAUAGAACUGCAAUCUGAUGACGAGGAUGAGGUUGAGGAAGAAGAAGAGGAUGAUGGUGAGGACGAAGGGGAGGAAGAGGUAGAUGAAGCAGAAGAUGAGGAAAUGGACAGUGUGUCUCACCGGUCAGAGGUGACAGAUGAGUCUGAAACAUAUGACAUGACACGGGGAAAUCUGGGCCUGCUAGAGCAGGCCAUCGCACUGAAGGCUGAGCAGACAGCACGUAGUUCAGAGGAAAGUCGGUCUCCGGAACAGCAGAGCUACCACAGCGCAGACGAGAGGAGCAGCAAGACAGCUGAAAACACACCACGCAAGGGAUACUAUGGUAAAGAAGGGUCCAGAUCAGAGAAGAAGGAAGUAAAGUGUCCAACCCCAGGAUGUGAUGGGACAGGUCAUGUGACUGGACUGUACCCUCACCACCGGAGCCUUUCUGGGUGCCCACAUAAGGACAGGGUACCGCCUGAAAUCCUGGCCAUGCAUGAAAAUGUGCUGAAAUGUCCAACACCUGGGUGCAAUGGCCAAGGCCAUGUCAACAGCAAUCGCAACACACAUCGCAGUUUAUCUGGCUGCCCAAUUGCUGCUGCAGGGAAACACUCAAAGAAUUAUGAGAAGCCAUGUCAGACCCAGGCUACAGUCAGUGAGCAAGCUGUUGGUGGCUCUAACUCAGACAGAGUACUCAGGCCCAUGUGUUUUGUGAAGCAGUUGGAGAUUCCUCAGUAUGGUAGCUACAGGCCUAAUGUGGGACCAGCCACUCCACGAGCAAACCUGGCAAAGGAGUUAGAGAAGUACUCCAAGGUGUCCUUUGACUAUGCAAGCUUUGAUGUGCAGGUGUUUGGGAAACGCAUGCUUGCCCCAAAGAUACCUGCCAGUGAAACCUCACCUAAAGCCUUCAAAUCUUCCUCACCGAACCAGAACAUAUCAGGAGGUUACAACAAGAGCAGCUCUUCUUCCACCUCCAGUGGAUAUGAUUAUACCCACGAUGCCGAGGCUGCACAUAUGGCUGCCACUGCCAUCCUUAACCUGUCUACACGCUGCUGGGAAAGGCCAGAGAACCUUAGCACCAAACAUCCGGACCAGACCAGCAAAGAUAUGGAUAUCGAGGUGGAUGAGAAUGGCACCCUGGACCUCAGCAUGAAGAAACCCAAAAGAGAAGGUGUGAGGUCACCUGAUCCUUCUUCCUCAUCAUCAUCUUCCUCACAACAGCAAGGAGUCACCUCACCUCACUCUGCCCAUGCCUACAAAAUAGAAGAGUGGGAGGGGCCAAUAGACUACACCAAGACAACACGACAGAAGGAGGAGGAGCCUGAAGAGGUGGAUUAUGCAACUCAGUCUUAUGCUUCUUCUGAUGGAGAGGAUGAUGACGUAACACAAGAGGGACUAGAAGACAGGAAGUACCCUGGUGAGGUCACCACUUCCAGCUUUAAGGUUAAGCUCCCAACCAAGGACAGCAAGAAAGAGCUCCUAAUAUGUCCCACCCCGGGAUGUGAUGGCAGUGGUCAUAUAACAGGAAACUAUGCAUCUCACCGCAGUCUCUCUGGGUGUCCUCUUGCUGAUAAAAGUCUUCGGACCCUCAUGGCUGCCCACACUGGUGAACUCAAAUGUCCCACUCCAGGCUGUGAUGGAUCAGGACACAUCACAGGAAACUACGCUUCACACAGAAGUUUGUCUGGAUGUCCUCGUGCAAAGAAGGGAGGAGUGAAAACAACCCCCACCAAGGAUGACAAGGAAGAUUCCGAGUUAAUUAAGUGCCCAGUGCCUGGCUGUGAUAGUCUGGGUCAUAUCAGUGGGAAGUACGCUACUCAUCGCAGUGCCUAUGGGUGUCCGCUGGCAGCACGGAGACAAAAGGAGGGUCUGCUGAAUGGCACGCCGUUCUCCUGGAAGUCCUUUAAGACAGAGGGCCCCACCUGCCCCACUCCAGGAUGUGACGGCUCAGGCCACGCCAACGGCAGCUUCCUCACUCACCGCAGCUUGUCAGGUUGUCCAAGGGCUUCUGCUAACAAGAAAAGAGCAAGGUUCCCCGGGGAUGACUACAUCAGCAAGAAAUUCAGGGCAAGCGAUGUUCUUGAUAAUGAUGAAGACAUAAAGCAGCUGAACAAAGAGAUCUGUGAGCUGAAUGAGUCAAACUCUGAAAUGGAGGCAGACAUGGCCAACCUACACACACAGAUCUCAUCAAUGGAGAAGAACCUGAAGAGCAUGGAGGAGGAAAAUAAACUAAUUGAAGAGAAAAAUGAAGCUCUGUUCAUGGAGUUGUCUGGCCUGAGCCAGGCUCUUAUCCGUAGCUUGGCCAACAUCCGCCUCCCACAGAUGCAGGAGCCCAUAAGUGAACAGAAUUUCGAUACCUAUGUGGACACUCUGACCCACAUGUUCAGCAACAAAGAGUGCUAUCAGAACCCUGCAAACCGAGCCCUGCUUGAAUCCAUCAACCAGGCUGUCAAAGGCAUUGAGGUGUAAAGACCAGCUGGGAUCAAACACACAGCAGGAAAGAGCGAAAACACCAUGAGUACCAUGAGAACACCAAAACACACUGUGGCUUGUAAAACAGACCAACAAUAUUUGCGCACUGUUAAAGGACAUUCAGGUUUUGUAUGUGAUGAUGAAGAGCACCGUGAGGCCCUGUGCAGUUUAAAGAGAUGGACCAAAUAUGGAAAUCCAGUCUUGCUGCUGUACCAUUUCAACAUGACCCAAGAAGUCAGUUUGGCACAGUGCUUAAAUGGGUUUUUCUUUUGGAAAUCAACUCUUAUUAGUGACCAGCUCACAUCUGUCCCAGUCUGCCUUUCUUACUCUUCUCAGUGAAUGGAAGUUGUCAUGAACAAGCUGCCAGAGUGUGUGUGUGAGUGUGAGUGUGUGUGUGUAUGUGUGUACACAUAUAUGUGCGUGGUUGACAUUUAAUGUCUGCAGGUACUUUUAGGAUUCCUGGCAUCCCCUUUAUGGAUCAUGAUUAGGCUGCAGCACUGCUGUUGUUUGUAUGAUGUAUGAUGGUGUUGUCUCAUAUUUGGUGGAAAUUGGUUCCUGUCCCAUUUAGAAAUGGUCAUAGUAUUUGAAAACAUAGAUAUUGCACUUCCAUAAUAGUUUGUAGUUUUGUUAUAUUAUUGUUAUUGUUAUUACUAUUUAAAUUUGAUCACUGAUAUGUUUAAUUUAUUAUUUAUUCAUGCUUGGGUGAUUAUUUUGUUUAUUUAUUUGUCAUUGUCUAUUUAAGAGCUUAUUUAUUUUACAACCACAAAAUUCUAUAAGCAGCUUUUUAACAGUCAAUAAAAGGAGAAUAGUUGCCCUCUUGUGUUGAGAAAGAGGCAAUAUUUAAAAAAAAAAAAAAUAUCCACUGCAAGUGUUUUAUAAACCUUCGUAUUUAUUUCAAAGACAGAGAUUUUUAAUCUCUUUUUUAAGUGCAAAUAUUUUUUAUCGAUUUUUAUAUUAUUUUCUAAUAUUCUCUUUUAUUUAAUGAGUUUUGUUUUCCAUAAAAGUAUUUUGACACCCUCCACAGUGAAGUGGUUUGAACAGAUACAGUAUGAUGUAUUUAUUAUUAUUAUUAUUAUUAUUAUUAUUAUUAUUAUUUAUGUGAUAUUUAAGUACAAAUUGAAUGGCGCUCUUGUUGCAAUAUUUAUUUUGUAAAUGUAUCUGUGUUAGUGACUGCUGCAUAUUGAUAGACUUUUGUUCAUCUGUUGGUGAUACAAUAAAAGGAAAUUCUAUCACCUA